CCACCACCCCUCUCUUGGCAACCCCGCGCUUCCGUCCCCAUUGAAAUCAUAGCCAACCACCUGUUUGUCGAAAUUCCCCACAGAAAAAACCCAGCAAUGGUAGUUCCUCUAGGCCCUGGAAAAUUCUAUGGCAGCACCCUCCCUCGCCCCAGAAUCUACACCGAUGUAAGGCACAGUGCUGAACGAGUAGACCCGCCAGUUCCUGUUAUGGAUCCGUUUCUUUCAUGGGCUCAUGAAGCUCACUGGUCCAUGGGAGGGCUCAGUUUCACCCGCCUUCGAUAUCAGGGUCGAAUCGAAGGAAAUACUGAGAAACUACGAAAACUCCGCGAAAAAAAAGUCAAGUUAUUAGCCAAAACUAGCCCGAAGAAGAAUGAUUUGGCCCCGGAUGGGCAGAAAGAGCGCAAUAAGAAAAGGGGUGGGUCUGUCUCGCCUCCUCCAGCUCCUAAAGUGACAAAGAAGAGGAGGUUCUUGCAGUUGAUUGACGAGGAGGAGAGUGAAGAGGGGGAUCAAGAAUUGGAGGAAACUGUGAAGAUUAAAAGGGGUCUAGCAAGGAAGUUAGUGGGUGAUUUUGAAAGGGUAGCUAAGGAUAAUCACAAUGUGAAGGUUGCUGAUUUGGCAAAGACGGUCACUGAGGAGGUUAGCAGAGAGGAAAAGAAAUCAAGGGGUGGAAAGAAAGGUAAGAAAAGUGGCGGAGAGAGUGGAUCCGAGGCUGUUAUUGGCGGGAUUAGGAGUUCACCAAGAUUGGCUAAGCAAAGAUAUGUGAAAGAGGCUUAAUUUAUCAGAUUGUGAGCUCUGUUAAAUGUAAUGAAAUAGUAGGCAAACAGUCGUAGUUGAGGUUUUUUUGUUCUGUU